AUGUACUCGCCAAGGAUGGUAAGUUUAUCAUUGUAUUUAUGGGCUGAGGAAAGCAGUACAUUACGAUUUUAAAAGAGUCUUGUUAAUAUUUAAGGAAAAUAUUGUUUAGACAUCAUUAGGCAAAGUAAAAUAUUAGUUACUUAAAUAUUUAUUUGCCAUAUGGUCACAGUUGACGUAUAUGGUCACUUUUAUGCACUUGCAACAUAAAAGUGUUCAUUAAAUUUUCUAAAACAUUUAAUAACUUAAACGCAUGGUUAUGAUACUUAGGCUUAGCACACAAUUUAAAUUCUUACCACCAGCCGACUGCUUAAAAUUUGGCAAUUGGUAAAAUUAAAAUAAAAUCGCUGCUGGAGUGCCGUGAAUUUGAUUCUGUAAUCCUUUUGGUCGAGCCACCUAAAUCCUCGAGGGUUUUAAUUUUAAAGUCAAACUCCAUUUUUAAAACGCGGUUUUGAAAUGAAAUUUGAAUUUGCGUUUGACAUAUACGCUGAUAUAGGGACAUUUGUUGUGUUGUUGAUUGCAAUAUUGAGAGGUGAACAUCGGAAGGGGACGCAAGGGGGUGUUAUAUAUAUAUUUUUAAACCAUUUUUUAAAUGUAUCGUUAAAUUAUGCACUCGGAACUCAUUAUUUACGUCGCUUGCUCACCUAAAAUUUCACUUAUUUCGAGAAGGGUUAUCUACCCAUUAAUUAUUUGAAACGCUGCACCCCUGCGGCCAUGUUUGGCCUCGCCGGUCACUAAGGACACACAUCAGGGUAACCUUAAAAAUAAUCCAGGAGAACCGCGCACCCCCACCCGUCCUUGUGCUGUCUUUUUUGCUUAAUUAGACCUCGGAGCGCGCCCUGCCAUACCAGCCCACCCUCUCCCUCCGUCCUUUCAUGGUCGUCGUCGCUUUUGGCCUUAUGGCCACUCAUCAGUCUUUUUUACUAUAGAGACUGUGUUGUUAAAUGGAGAAGAGUUGGGUUUAUGUUAAGUGAGACCGCUUUUACCGCGUUUUUAAUUAAUUUGUGGUUUUGACCAUGUUGAGUUGUUGCUACAUCUUCUAUUUUUAAUUGUUGUAAUUUUUACUGUUUUUAAUGAAUUGUAAAAUAUUUUUAUGAAAGUUUUGAUGAAUAUUAAUUAGUUUUUUCUUCAUCUUAAGGGUGUUUUAAAAGAUUGUCUUUGUUGUCAUCUUUUUCAUUUUUUGCCUACCUUUGAUACUAUUUUUCUUCAAAAAUCAGAAAAUUUAAAAAAAUUUGAUUACAAAUUUACAAAAAGUAUACUUACACAUUCCGACCAUUCUCACCGUUAUUCCUUCAGAGCGUGUUUUAAUAUAACAACAAUUUGGAAGCCUCUUCUCCUCAAAUUUAUUCUCCUAAAAGGUUUUUUUUUGUCUUCGGCGUCACGGCCGAACGCCCCAAACUUGGCGUUCUGUUCUUUUGUGGCCACAAAAAAAGCCGAAAAGAAGAUAUUCUACUCAAUACUUUUUUGAUAAAUUUAAUGCUUUGCCGUGGGGUUGAGAAUAACGAAGUUUUUGCAAAGAAUUACCAUUUUUGUAACUUCUUAACUUGUUGACAAAUUGCAAAUUUUUUAUUUUUGAGCAAUUCAGAAUGUCCUAAGUGAUUUAUAGUGUGUUUAAAACGUGUGUUAAUUUAUGUAUGCUAAUGUUUUUUGAAUGUUUUUGUGAAUGUUUGGUAAUUUUAAGUGUGGACGAUGUAGAUAUUAGUGAGUUUUAUAUAUUUUUCUAAUAUUUAAGAAAAUUUGAAAUUUUUUAACCAGAUUAAAUAAAAAGCAGUUUUUUUUUUAAUUUUUUGCUUAAUAUCGAAUGCUUUUUCAACCUUUUAUAUUGAAAAUAGUCGAACGUUUGUUUUUGCUUUGCACGUUAUCUUGUGUCGUUUUUGCUGUGCUGUUUUACUUAAUUCCAAAACCCGUACCUUAUGAUAAUCACGAAAUUUAAGGCGCCUUGAUUCCGUUUAUACCGUCGCAUUUUCAGUGGGAAGUCGCGACACGCGCGCACAUGCGCGAACUCUCCACCUCACGCGGCGACGUACAAUCCAUCGGUUCGAGUCAAUUGGACGCCAUUUCAUCUACUACCAUGUCACGCUCACAUCCCGCACCAUCUGCGUCCGCCUUGAAUUCGGCCGCUCCGCCGGGUGGUACAGGUGGUGGUGGAGCACAGCCGUAUUGCUGUGAAUGCGCAGCCACACAAAAUCGCUGUUCCACCGAUAUGUGUCCAUGCUUCGCAUCGCGGCGAAUGUGCGACGAACAUUGCGAAAGCGCACGGUAUGUAUUGUAUAAAAUAAGUAGGCUUUAUCAGAGCAGUAGGCUUUGUACUAGUAUUAUGAUAGAAAGCAUUAUAAGUAGUUGGUACUUUUUUAUAUUAUGUCUUUAAUGACCAUUAGCAAAUAUUAAAAUUUCAAGUCAUAUUUUUGUAAUAUUUGCCUGAAACAAAUUUAGCCGGCGAUUGUGUUGUGGGUUUAUUUGAAUAACGCCAUGUUCUUCGUUAUGCCCGGAACAUCUGUUCAGGCAAGCGAAAACACAAAAAUGGACAGGCCAAAUGAGCGCUAUUCAACUUUUUUCGCCAAAAUUUCAAGUGGCUUUCAUGAUUUUCUAGUAGAACAUAAAUAUAAAAAAUGAAACAAUUAAAGUUUUGAAAUUGUGAAUUUAAAAAAAUAUAGUUAACCCUACUGAGAAAGCCAUCGGCAAAUAAAUGUCAACAAAAUUUUUAAAUUUUGGAAAAUGGUUUGAUUCUUAUUUUAACCCUAGCUGCUUUCAGCUACCGUGGUGACUGUCUAAAUCAAGCAAUAUGCAAAUGUGCGUGCGAAGUGGAUCCGGCCAAGCCAGCCAAGAAUGCGUGUUCAAAGUCCGAACGUUGCGACUGUUUACGGAUCAAAGAAGGAUGCUCUAAGUUAUGUGCGUGCAAACAAAUUUGUAAGAACAAAGAACCACCCAAGAAAGUGCUCAAAGUCAACAAACCGACAACCGGCUGUCAAUGCUGUAAAAGCAAGAAACAAUGCGUAAAGAAAGAAUGUCCAUGUCGGUUGAUGUACGAGUUCUGUUCUAGCAGGUGAGAUCAUUUUUUAAGAUCAGUUAUUAUUUUUUAGCUUUAAUAUUUACAUUAAGGUUUUUAACCAUAGUUUUUAAUAUUUUUAAUUUUAUUUGAAAAAAUUCGCAACUUGAAAUUUUAUUUAUCUGUUCAGCUGCAAAUGUUCUGGAGACUGUACAAACGGCCCAGCCAAGUUUCAUGUGCCAAAACACGUCCAAAGCUGUUUUCUGGAACACAAGAAUGAAAGUAGCGGUCUGAUAGUAACACUAAUUGGCAAUGAUUACAUUUAUCGUGGCGACUUUUACCAUGAAAGCAAAAACGAACCACACGUGGAAGAACAACUUGUUGCUGCUAUUUACGACCUUAUCUCUAAAUACAAAGUAGAGUUGUACGAGAUUAUCAUCUUUGUUUCGAAAUCACCUUGUUUCCAUCAGGAUUGCGACCCUAAAUGUGAGGUUGUCGAUGAAUGUAAAAGUAACAAAGCAUGUGCCAAAUUGUUAGGACUGUUGUUGUCCAAAGUUCGGAAGGAAUUGAGCAAGGUGGAUGUGAGAAUGUCAGUUAAGUUUUUGUAUCCGCAUCUUAACAGAGGAGAUUUGUACACGAAACAAGGGAUACUGUCAAUGUUGCAGGUAAGGCUUGGUUUUUACUUGAUGUUUAGGCUUUAUUAAACAAAACCAAUGAUAUUAAGGAAUUUUAUUACAAAAUUUUUUGAAUAUGAACUGAGAUUUCCACAAAUAGCCUAUCUUUUUAUAGGCCGGAAUAAAGGUAGAACCCCUUCUGAUGAAAGACUGGUCCGCUGUUAUGGACUGGUCACCGAACGCUGAUCACAAAGGUGAAUAUCUCCAACUAUGGAAUAAUCAUAACCUUGACAAGUGCAAUGCUCAAUCACAGUCUUUUAUCAACGAAUGUCGACGAGCUUUGGGGCUUUCGAUGAAAUUCUGGGUAGCUGAGAUACACGAAAUCGUAAAGAAUACGAUUUUGCACUACUCUGAGAUACGUUCAAAGUGCAAUGAACUCAAUGAUGCUUUAAAACAGGUAAGAGUUUUUUUAACUAUAUAAAAGGUUUUCCUAACGCGUGACAUUUGCUAAUGACAAAACUUUAGCUUGACCUAACAGCCACCCCACAUAAAAUACGAUCGACUCCAAGUAAACGUCGCAGUUUUACCGGAAUGCUAGAGCUGAAAGAUAAACUACUCCAUCGUGGACAAUCGGACAAAAACAAAAAUGGUAGCAACGUGUCUGUGGCAAGGUAAGCUGCGCUUGUUUUGCAGUUUUAUUACUUACAACUGUGUUUUUAUGACACAACAAAUAAAAAGGCCUAAAAGAAAAACCGUCAUUGGCCCAUUGUUUUUGUAAGUUUAUAACGUAUGCAUUGCAGCGAGGAAGCACACGCCCAAGCUAUGGUCGCCUCAUUCUGUGGACGGUCUUUUGACGACGGUGAAACCAACGAAAUCGCACAACGCAUCAGACGUGCUACCGCCAACAUAAACGUCGAGAUUGAGACAUUGUUGGAGUUUUUGACGCACAAAGGAGCCAUUGGAUAA